AUGUCUGUUUCUGUACAAGAGCUGGACAACACGGUCCGAGCCUUCUUUGAAGGCAAGGGCGAUGUGCAAAAGCAAGCUCAGCAAACUCUCACCGAGUUCAAACAAAACCCCGAUGCUUGGGUGACUGUUGGGAACAUCCUGCAGGAGGCUUCGUACCCUCAAACCAAAUACAUCGCUCUACAGGUCCUUGAUGAUGUGAUAAUGACAAGAUGGAAAGUCCUGCCGAAGGAGCAGUGUCUAGGGAUCCGCAACUUCAUUGUCAACUUCAUCAUCGAAAAUUCCAACUCGGAGGAGAAACUCCGAACCGAACGCGCCUUCUUGAACAAAUUGAACCUCGUCCUGGUCUCGAUCUUGAAGCAAGAAUGGCCUCACAACUGGCCAACCUUUAUCAAUGAGAUCAUUUCAUCCUGCCAUGUCAGUCUUUCAAUUUGCGAAAACAACAUGGCCAUUCUACGUCUCUUAUCGGAGGAAGUCUUCGACUUCUCGCAAGAUCAAAUGACCUCGGCCAAGGCUCGCAACCUGAAGACUUCAAUGACCCAGGAGUUCUCUUCGAUCUUCCAACUGUGCUCCGAUGUGUUGACCACCGCGGACCAGCCGGCUCUUGUGAAGGCUACCUUGGAAACUCUUCUGCGUUUCCUAAAUUGGAUCCCCCUCGGUUACAUCUUCGAAACUCCUAUCAUUAAUACCCUUCUCACCCGGUUCUUGGGCACCCCCGGAGUUUCGCAACCUGUUAUCCCUCUGUCCAUGGACUUGAAGGAGACUUAUGCUCAAAGUAACGGGAGAGACCAAGAAUUUGUCUCCAACUUGGCCCUUUUCUUGUCGAGCUUUUUCAGUGCUCACUUGCUUUUGGUCGAGAAAAUUCCGAACCAAGACUACCUCACCCACGCCCAUUUUUACCUCAUCCGUAUCAGUCAGAUCGACGACCGCGAAGUCUUCAAGAUUUGCUUGGACUACUGGACCCGUUUGGUACAAGAACUUUACGAGGAGAUGCAGCAGCUCCCUAUCACUGAUAUCAACCCUCUCGUUACCAUGGGAGUGAGCGGCCUUGCUAACGGCGGCGCGCCUCACCCGAGCACGUUGGCCAAUUACCCUCUGCGGAAGCACAAGUACGAAAGCGUGCUGACGAGUCUUCGUACCGUUAUGAUUGAAAAGAUGGUUCGUCCAGAGGAGGUCUUGAUUGUGGAGAAUGACGAGGGCGAAAUCGUGCGAGAAUUUGUCAAAGAGAGUGACACCAUUCAGCUCUACAAGACUAUUCGCGAGUGCUUGGUCUACCUCACCCAUCUGGAUGUCGUGGACACGGAGACCAUCAUGAUCGACAAGUUAGCGAAACAGGUGGAUGGGUCUGAAUGGUCCUGGGCUAACUGCAAUACGCUUUGCUGGGCGAUCGGUUCCAUUUCAGGAGCAAUGAAUGAAGAGACUGAGAAGCGCUUUUUGGUGACUGUUAUCAAGGACCUUCUCGGGUUGACUGAGCAAAAGCGCGGCAAAGAUAACAAAGCCGUUGUGGCCAGUAACAUCAUGUACAUUGUGGGACAAUACCCUCGGUUCUUGAAGGCUCACUGGAAAUUCUUGAAGACUGUGGUGAACAAGCUCUUCGAGUUUAUGCAUGAAACUCAUGAAGGUGUCCAGGACAUGGCCUGCGAUACAUUCAUCAAGAUCGCCAAUAAAUGCCGACGCCAUUUUGUUGCACUCCAGCCUGGAGAAAAUGAGCCGUUCAUUGAAGAAAUCGUUCGCAACAUGAGAAAGAUUACCAUCGAUCUUUCUCCCCAGCAAAUUCAUACCUUCUACGAAGCAUGCGGCUACAUGAUAUCUGCACAGGGUCAAAAGGGGCUCCAGGAUCGCUUGAUCGAGAAUCUGAUGGCUUUGCCCAACCAAGCAUGGGAUUCGAUUAUUGCCAGGGCCAACCUAGAUGCGUCUAUUCUCCAGGAUGGGGAAACAAUCAAGGUCAUUGGCAACAUAAUGAAGACCAAUGUCUCUGCCUGUUCAUCCAUCGGAACCUACUUCUACUCACAGAUCGGACGCAUUUAUCAUGACAUGCUAAACAUGUAUCGCGCCACAAGUCAGUUGAUUAACGAUGCAGUCGCCAACGAUGGUCAUAUUGCCCCUAAGACCCCGAAAGUUCGCGGGCUGCGCACCAUCAAGAAGGAGAUUUUGAAGCUUAUCGACACGUAUGUGGAGAAGUCGGAUGAUCUCGAAAUGGUCAACGCCAACAUGGUGCCUCCACUCCUUGAGGCUGUCCUUAUCGACUACCAUCGAAAUGUCCCUGAUGCGCGGGAGGCGGAAGUCUUGAACGUCAUGACAACCAUUAUCCACAAACUUCACAACCUGAUGGAAGACAAGAUCCCGGCUAUCAUGGAUAGUGUUUUCACUUGCACGUUGGAGAUGAUUAACAAGGAUUUCCACGAAUAUCCUGAGCACCGUGUGCAGUUCUUCAAACUGCUUCAAGCCAUUAACCUGUACUGUUUCCAGGCCCUCUUGAAACUGGAUGCUACCCAGUUCAAGUUUGUCAUUGACUCCUGCAUGUGGGCUUCGAAGCAUGAUAACCGUGAGGUCGAGAACACUGGUCUCACUAUGUGCCUGGAAUUGAUGAACAACAUGGCUGAAACCGACGUACAAACUGCAAGCAUCUUCUUCCGCCAAUUCUACAUCCCUAUCCUACAGGACGUUUUCUUUGUUCUCACAGAUAGUGAUCACAAGGCCGGUUUCAAAUCCCAGGCUAUGUUGCUAUCUCGUAUGUUCUACUUUGUUGAGGCGGGGAAGAUCCAGGAGCCUAUCUAUACCCCCGACCAAGCUCCCGUCGGUACCUCAAACAAGGACUUCUUGCAGGAAUACGUCGCGAAUCUCCUCCAGAACGCCUUCAAGAAUCUUCAGGAUGUGCAAAUCAAGCAAUUUGUUCUCGGCUUAUUCGCGUACACUGACGACCUGAACAAGUUCAAGACUCACCUCCGCGAUUUCCUGAUCUCUCUCAAGGAGUUCUCUGAUGACAACGCAGACCUGUACGCCGAAGAAAGAGAACAGGCCGUGCGUGACGCUCAAGCCGCUGAGCGGGAUCGCGCGAUGAAGGUGGGAGGCUUGUUGAAGCCAUCUGAGAUGGAUCAAGAAGAUGAGCUGUGA